AAGCAAACACCUAUAGAGAAAAAAAAAAAAAUCAAAGGAGAUGGUUCUUCGGUUCACUUAUCCUAUUCUUCUAUUUUGUAUUGUGCUUUUAACGUAUGCACCAGGCGAUGCAGUGAAGGAUUUGGAAGAAAAAUAUUCUUGGAUUUAUUUUCACAAAAAUGUUAAUGAUCAAUUUGAGGAAACGAAAUCUCCUGAUCAACCAUCUUCCAAAAUCAUUAAGGAUCACAACAUGGAACAGCAUCAUGGGCAUAACCACGUUGAAAGCGCAGAGUAUGCACCAGGCGAUGCAGUGAAGGAUUUGGAAGAAAAAUAUUCUUGGAUUUAUUUUCACAAAAAUGUUAAUGAUCAAUUUGAGGAAACGAAAUCUCCUGAUCAACCAUCUUCCAAAAUCAAGAAGGAUCACAACAUGGAACAGCAUCAUGGGCAUAACCACGUUGAAAGCGCAGAGUAUGCACCAGGCGAUGCAGUGAAGGAUUUGGAAGAAAAAUCUUCAUGGAUUUAUUUUCACAAAAAUGUUAAUGAGCAAUUUGAGGAAACAAAAUCUCCUGAUCAACCAUCUUCCAAAAUCAUGAAGGAUCACAACAUGGAGCAGCAUCACGGGCAUAACCACGCUGAAAAUGCGGAGUAUGCACCAGGCGAUGCAGUGAAGGAUUUGGAAGAAAAAUAUUCUUGGAUUUAUUUUCACAAAAAUGUUAAUGAUCAAUUUGAGGAAACGAAAUCUCCUGAUCAACCAUCUUCCAAAAUCAAGAAGGAUCACAACAUGGAACAGCAUCAUGGGCAUAACCACGUUGAAAGCGCAGAGUAUGCACCAGGCGAUGCAGUGAAGGAUUUGGAAGAAAAAUCUUCAUGGAUUUAUUUUCACAAAAAUGUUAAUGAGCAAUUUGAGGAAACAAAAUCUCCUGAUCAACCAUCUUCCAAAAUCAUGAAGGAUCACAACAUGGAGCAGCAUCACGGGCAUAACCACGCUGAAAAUGCGGAGUAUGCACCAGGCGAUGCAGUGAAGGAUUUGGAAGAAAAAUAUUCAUGGAUUUAUUUUCACAAAAAUGUUAAUGAUCAAUUUGAGGAAACAAAAUCUCCUGGUCAACCAUCGUCCAAAAUCAUGAAGGAUCACAACAUGGAACAGCAUCACGGGCAUAACCACGCUGAAAGCGCAGAGAUAGGCUUGUUCACCAUAGAUGAACUACGUGGUUUCUACGUAGGGAAGAAAUUGCCCCUCUUCUUUCCCAUCAAAGACCACUCUCUUUAUCCUCCUUUCUUGCCUAAAGAAGUAGCUGAUACCAUCCCUUUUUCAUCAUCGCAAGCCCCCACCAUCCUCCAGCUCUUCUCAGUUUCUCCAGACUUCCCAAAAGGCAAGGUCGUUCGAGAAACACUGAGAAAAUGUGAACUUGAAGCAGCCCAAGGGGAGACCAAAAUCUGCGCUACCUCUUUAGAAUCCUUGCUUGGUUUCUUAAGGAAAGCAUUUGAACCCGAGGUUGACUUCAAGUUCAUAACCACAAGCCACCCUACGAUAACAACGCCAACAUUGCAGAAUUACACAGUUUUGGAACCCCCUCGAGAGAUUCAAUCUGCGAAGAAAGUGGCAUGUCAUCCCUUGCCAUACCUUUAUGCAAUUUACUUCUGCCAUUUUGAUGCCAGCGAGACCAAAGCAUUCAAACUCUCACUAGUUGGUGACAGUGGAGAUAAAGUGGACGCUGUUGUUGUUUGCCAUAUGGAUACAUCUGGUUGGAGCUCUGACCACAUCUCUUUCCGCAUGCUUGGUAUUAAGCAAGGAAACUCUAUUUGCCAUGUAUUUGCUGAAGGAAAUAUGGUUUGGAUUCAGCCCUCACCUAUCGCUGCCAUGUAAUUGAUUAAGAACUGUUGUAUUCGGUAAUGGGACUCUAUUAGAUGUACUCUCAUUAUGCUUAUGCCGCCCAUCUACCAACUCCUAGUCACUAUUCACCACCUACCCGUGUCUGUGUCUGUGUCUGUGUCUGUGUCUGUGUCUUGUGUGUUUGCUUUCAUGUUGCUUCUAUUCAUGUUUUAUCCUCUUAGCUUGUAUCUGUAUUAAGAAAUUAUGCAAUAGAUUAUGCAUCUUA